GAGACUUUUUUGCACUCCCGAGGCUCUCCUGACAGGAUCUUUCCUCCGCUGCGUCACUGAUCACAGGUGGUCUUUCCAUGAAGGGAAAACGGCGAACGACCCAGAAUCGCACCAGAAACCGUGAGUACGUGACGACAUUUGUGGAUGAACUGAGAACGUGUUGUGUGUUCAAGGUCACCGGCGGUCAUGUCGGACAACGAGGAGGCGCUGGAGGAGUAUGAAGAGGAGGUGGAAGGUAAGAAAAAGGAGGAGGAAGUGGUGGAGGAGGUAGAGGAGGAGGAAGAGCAGGAGGAGGAGGAGGAGGAGGAGGAGGAGGAGGAGGAGGAGGAAGAAGAGGAGGACAAGGAGGCCGGCAGAGACGAAGAAGAUGGAGACGAGGAAGCAGAGGAUGGAGAAGAGGAGAGCAAACCAAAGUUCAAGCCGUUUAUGAUGCCCAACCUCAUUCCGCCCAAGAUUCCAGAUGGGGAGAAGGUUGAUUUUGAUGACAUCCACCGCAAACGUAUGGAGAAAGACCUGAUGGAGCUUCAAACUUUGAUCGAGGUUCAUUUUGAGAGCAGGAAGAAGGAAGAAGAUGAGCUCAUCUAUCUCAAGGAGAGGAUAGAGAGGCGUCGCUCUGAGCGAUCAGAGCAGCAAAGAAUCCGCAGCGAGCGAGAGAAGGAACGACAGAAACGUUUGGAGGAAGAGCGCUCUCGCAAAGAGGAGGAGGAGGCCAAGAAAAGAGCGGAAGAAGACGCUAAAAAGAAGAAGACGCUGACCAGCCUGCACUUUGGAGGCUACAUGCAGAAACUGACGGAAAAGCGGAGUGGCAAGAAGCAGACGGAGAGGGAAAAGAAGAAGAAGAUCCUGAGUGAGAGACGAAAAUCUCUGGAUGUUGACAACCUCAAUCAGGAGCAACUCAAAGCGAAAGCCAAGGAGCUGUGGGAGUGGAUGCAGCAGCUGGAAGCCGAGAAGUUCGAGCUGCAGCAUCAGAUCGCCAGCAAAAAAUAUGAGAUCAACGUUCUGAGAAACCGCGUCAGCGACCAUCAGAAAACAUCCAAGAGGACCAAGAGGGGCCUGAGGAAAUAGAUGCAGUCUUUGCGAUCAUCAACAAAACUCAAAGCAAACCUCACUCCCAACCCUUUUCCACAUGAAAUAUACCAAUGUCACACACAUGCACACACGCCGGAUACUAAGUAAGUUUCUUUCGGCUUGUCCCUUUCGGGGUCGCCACAGCCUGUCAUCUCAGACGAACGCGCAUAUAUGUUUGGCACAAUUUUUACGCCGGAUGCCCUUCCUGACGCAACCCUUCUCAGGGAGUGGAGGCCCCAGUGGGUUACGAAUCCACAACUCCUGGUUUACCAAACCAGUGCUCUAAUCCCCACUGAGCUACAGGGCCUCUUCGCUGGAUACUACAGUAAAGAAAAUAAGUAUUCGAACACCCUGCUAUAUUGCAAGUUCUCCCACUUGGAAAUCAUGGAGGGGUCUGAAAUUUUCAUUGUAGGUGCAUGUCACUGUGAGAGAGAUCAUCUAAAUAGAAAAAUCCAGAAAUCACAAUGUAUGAUUUUUUUUUCAAUGAUUUAUUUGUGUGAUACAGCUGCAAAUAAAUAUUUGAAGACCUGAGAAAACUAAUGUUAAUAUUUGGUACAGUAGCCUUUGUUUGCAAUUACAGAGGUCAAACGUUUCCUGUAGUUGUUCACCAGGUUUGCACACACUGCAGGAGGGAUUUUGGCCCACUCCUCUACACAGAUCUUUUCUAGAUCAGACAGGUUUCUGGGAUGUCGCUGAGAAACACGAAGUUUGAGCUUUCUAUUGGGUUUAUGUCUGGAGACUGGCAAGGCCAUGCCAGAACUUUGAUAUGCUUCUUACGGAGCCACUCCUUGGUUUUCCUCGCUGUGUGCUUCGGGUCAUUGUCAUGUUGAAAGACCCUGCCACAACCCAUCUUCGAUGCUCUGACUGAGGGAAAGAGGUUUUUCCCCAAAAUAUCACAAUAUGGUGGAUGGUGUUCUUGGGUUAGAACUCAUCAUUCGUUUUCCUCCAAACACUGUUAGUGGAAUCGUGACCAAAAAGUUCAAUUUUGGACUCAUCUGACCACAAAACUUUCUCCCAUGACUCCUCUGUAUCAUCCAAAUGGUCAUUGGCAAACUUGAGACGGGACCUGACAUGUGCUGGUUUAAGCAGGGGAACCUUCCGUGCCAUGCAUGAUUUCAAACCAUGACGUCUUAGUGUAUUACCAACAGUCACCUUGGAGACGGUGGUCCCAGGUCUUUUCAGGUCAUUGACCAAGUCCUGUCGUGUAGUCCUGGGCUGAUUCCUCAACUUUCUCAGGAUCACUGAGACCCCACGAGGUGAUAUCUUGCAUGGGGCUCCACUUCGAUUGAGAAUGACAGUCAUGUUUAGCUUCUUCCAUUUUCUAAUGAUUGCUCCAUCAGUGGACCUUUUUUCACCAAGCUGCUUGUCAAUUUCUCCGUAGCCCUUUCCAGCCGUGUGGAGUUGUAGAAUCUUGUCUCUGGUGUCUUUGGACAGCUCUUUGGUCUUGGCCAUGUUACAAGUUUUAGUCUUACUGGUUGUAUGGGGUGGGCAGUUGUCUUCAUGCAGAUAACGACCUCACACAGGUGCAUCUGAUUCAGGAUAAUACAUGGAAUGGAGCUGGACUUUUAAUGGCGUACUAACAGGUCUUUGAGGCUCAGAAUUCUAGCUGAUGGACAGGUGUUCAAAUACUUAUUUGCAGCUGUAUCACACAAAUUAAUCGUUGAAAAAACAUCAUACAUUGUGAUUUCUGGAUUUUUCUUUUUAGAUUAUCUCUCUCACAGUGGACAUGCACCUACGAUGAAAAUUUCAGACCCCUCCAUGAUUUCUAAGUGGGAGAACUUGCAAUAUAGCAGGGUGUUCAAAUACUUAUUUUCUUCACUGUAUGUACUACUACUGAAUUUAGGGAUUUAAACAAAGCAUUUCAAGUUUCUCCUGUCCAAUUUUUUUUCUUCUUGACUUUGUGGUCAGACUGCUUAGGCUUGGUUCUUGAUAGAUAGAAAACUGCAAAGUGGAAGCAGUGCGUGAAUGAAACCCCCUCCAAAAGCCUCAAGCAAAGAAAAGAUGAGACGACUUCCUGAAGAGAGACAGGCUCUGACAUAAACGUGACUGUUAAGAUGUGCCUCAUACUAACGCUCACAUGCUAACUUCACAUCAUGGGACAAGGAGACAAAACAGAAGUUGCCGGAUACAUAACAUGCUGAGAUGAAGUGAUGGAAUUGCAAUUAAAUUUGAAGUGGCUACUUGAAUGCAUCCAUCCAUAAGGUCCAUUGACUGUUUUCAACAAGAGCAAACACAAUGUUAGAAAUGUUUAAUAUUAAGUACACCUCCUGCACAUAAUGCCAGACUACAGUAUAGAUGGAUAGAAGAAAAAAAAAGUCAUCUUGUAAAAGGAACCAUGUAGUCAUGCUGUUAUUGAACAACCUUAAAAAAGCACCAGACAUUGUAGCAUCAAUGAGCAAAAAAAAAAAAAUACAACUUGAGAUAUAAUAAACAACCAAACAAAUAGAGCAGUUAAUAUCUGCCUGCAUUUUUGUAUCAUUUGUAGCACAAAACUAUACAUAUUUUGUAGUAUUUUGCAGGCUUAGGUACAGUUAUUGCGUGACUGAGUGAUAGUAAAUGCUGAUAAUUGUAUGGCUCAAAUUAUAUACAUUUCCAGACAAACUUAAGAGAAUCAGUGUGUUCAAAUGUCAAAGGAGUUGAAUUAAAUCCAUCCAUCCAUUUUCUGAGCUCCUUAUCCUCACAAGGGUCGCGGGAGUGCCUGAGCCAAUACCAGCUAUUUUCGGGGAGGAGGCGGUGUACAUCCUGGAUGCCAGCCAAUAGUAGGGCAUAUAGAAACAAACAAGCAGUCACACUCACAAUCACGCCUAUGGGAAAUUAAGAGUCUCAAAUUUCAAGUUAAAUCUAUUAAUGAAAAGCGUGAACAAUGAUUUGCAACCAUGUUCAUUUUGUUAGGCCAAUAGCAUAAAUUUCUCAAUUCAUUUUUAAUUUACUGUCAGACGAGCAAUAAAAACUUUUUUUUUUCUUUAUGUCUGUUUAGAUUCUCAGUCACGCAGGUCAUGGUAAUCUGCAAAACCAGAAGUGUUUUCCAAAAAUUGCUUUUGCAAUCGCGAUGAUGCUAUCAAUCAGGGUAUCAAUUUUUUUCCCCCAUUUGUAUUCUCAAAUUCAUUUAUUUAAAAAAUCUUUAGCUUUGCCACAAUACAAAAUAAUCACCAAAAGACAGUAAUACUGUUUUUUAAUUCCUCAAUUUAUUCAUAAAACAGAACAUGUUUACAAAAAAAAAAAAAAAAAGA